CGAUUAAUAAAAGUUAAGCCACAGUUACAACAAUCAUAGAGAGAAAAGAUAGUAGCAGAGGAAGAAGCAAAGCUAGAGAGAAUCACAGCAUACCUAAGCUAUAGUAGAGCUGAAGCAAAUAACAAAAAUUUCCUGAUUUCCAAGAACAAGACUUAGAUAAUCACAGUAAGCCUGAUCCACUCAAAUUCCAACUAUUUUUCACCAGGAAACUACCAGAAUUCUGCUACUGUAUCUGCUACAAGCCAACAACUAAACAAAAGAGUCGAGACCAGUACCUGUCUUCUUCGUAUCUUGCUCCAUCUUUGGCUAAAAAAGUUAGCUACUUGGAUUUCCUUCUCUGGAAUCAUGGGCAAUUGCUGCUCCGUACAAUGUAGUUUCGAGAAUUUCCUUCUUCGUGGCUGGGAUUUCAUUGUUGGCCAUGCUAAUUAUGUCUGCAAGCUUCAACAAACCCUUCCAACUUUAUCUGCUGCUCUUCAAGAACUGAGGGCACAAAGGAACGACCUGCUAAGGCAGGUUGAUCUUGCAGAACAACGACUAUUGAAGCCAUUUGAGCAAGUUCAGUUAUGGCUUUCAAAAGCAGAAACUAUGAUAACAGAGGCGGAAAAGUUGAUUGCAGAUGGCCCUCAACAAAUGAAUAACUUGUGUCUCGGAGGCUGUGCUUCCAAGAGUUGCCUGUCUAGCUACAAGUUUGGUAAAAAAGUGGCCAAAAUGCUUCAAGAAAUAAGUGAUCAUAAGAGUAAAGGAGCUUUUGGGAAAGUAGCGGAGAAUCAGCCCGCAGCUCCAGUGGUAGUAAUGCCUGUAGAGCAGCCGUUUGCUCUAGAAUCCACAAUCCAAAAGGUAUGGAGUUGCAUCGAGGACGAAGAUGUGGGGAUCAUUGGCCUCUAUGGCUUAGGGGGUGUUGGCAAGACAACACUCUUGAUCGAACUCAACAACAAGUUCAGCACCACACCGAAUGAUUUUAAAGUUAUCUGGGCGUUGGUGUCUAAAGAUUACGAUGUUGGAAAGAUCCAAGAUAGGAUUGGUGGAAAUCUUGGGUUUUCAGAUGACUCAUGGAAGAAUAAAAGUGUUGAAGAGAAAGCUGUAGAUAUCUAUGGGGUGUUGCUGAACAAGAAAUUUGUUGUAUUACUGGACGAUUUGUGGAAGAGGGUAGAUUUGAAACAAGUUGGGAUACCGCAACCAAGCCAAACAAAGGGUUCCAAACUUAUUUUCACAACUCGAUCUUUGGGGGUAUGUGGCGAAAUGGAAGCUCAGAAAAAAAUCAAAGUGGAGUGCCUGGAACCGGAGAAGGCUUGGGAAUUGUUCCAAGACAAGGUUGGAGAUGACGCUCUCAAUAGCCAUCCAGAUAUUCCAAACCUAGCUAAACAAGUAGCUGAAAGGUGCGGUGGGCUGCCUCUUGCACUAAUUACAAUCGGUCGUGCCAUGGCUUGCAAGAAAACACUUGAGGAUUGGAAAUAUGCAAUUGAGAUGUUGAAGAGAUUUGCAUUGCCAAAAAUGGAAAAUGAGGUAUUUCCGCUUUUAAAAUUCAGUUAUGAUAAUUUGCCUGAUGCCACAAUGAAAUGUUGUCUCUUAUAUUGUUGUCUAUAUCCUGAAGAUUAUUGUAUUCCCAAAAAGAGAUUAGUGGAGCAUUGGUUUUGUGAAGGGCUAUUGAAUAAAUUUGACAGAAUUAGUGAAGCUCAAAUGCAAGGUGGCGACAUUAUCAGCUCUUUUCUGAAUGCUUGUUUAUUGGAAAGGGAUGGAGAAGAUUGUGUGAAGAUGCAUGAUGUGAUUCGUGACAUGGGUUUAUGGAUUACACGAGAGUUCGAAGCAACAGAAAAUAAUUUUUUUGUAAAAGCAGGGGCUCAAUUAUUUGAAGAACCAGAUGCUAAAGAAUGGGAAAGUGCAAAACGAAUGUCAGUGAUGAAAAAUAAGAUUAAAGUUCUCAAAGAAACACCCAAAUGCCCUAACCUUCGAACCUUGUUUCUUAGCGAAAAUGAGUUGCAAGUGAUCAGCCAUGGUUUCUUCCAAUUUAUACCUCAUCUAACUGUUUUGGAUUUGUCAAGAAAUGAAGAAUUACGAGCAUUGCCCGAGGGAAUUUCACAAUUGGUUUCUCUAGAAUGUUUUGAUAUAUCAUUUACUGGUAUAGAAGAGUUGCCAAUAGAAUUGAAAUCCUGGACAAAACUAAAAAUGUUGGACUUGAGUUGUAUGGAUAAUCUCAGAAAAAUCCCACAACAUUUGAUAUGUAGUUUUUCCAAGUUGCAAAUAUUCAGAAUGUGGUUCAGAAUGUAUCUGAUAGAUUAUCCUAAUGAAGACAAUGUUUUGAAAGGGGGUAAUGAAAAGCUUAUAGAGGAAUUGAAAGGUUUGCAACAUUUGAAUAUAUUAAGGAUACAGAUAAAAGCCAUGUUUUGUUUAGAAAGAUUCCUAAGCUUUAACUUGUUUCGAUGUUGCACCGAAGCACUAGAACUUAGUGAUUUUAGAGAAUCAAAAGAGUUCAAUGUUUUAUGCUUAGAAAAUUUGGAGCGUCUAAAGAAACUACAAUUCUGCGAUUGUGAAAGCAUGAAUGAGAUAAAAAUGGAAAAGCUGCAUACGUGGGUUUCUUCUAAAGAAACUUCAUGCUUUCACACGUUGAGCGAAGUUAUAAUUAUGGGAUGUAAGAAAUUGAAAGACGUGACUUGGCUGAUGCUUGCUCCAAAUCUAAGGACUCUUUGGAUAGCUGGGUGUGCAAAAAUGGAAGAAAUAUUGAGUGAGGGAAAACUUAGUGAAGUUGCUGGUGUGAUUGGAAUUCCAUGCCCUAAACCAUUUCUGAAGCUUGAAACACUUCACUUAUUUGCUCUAGCGAAAUUGAAGAGCAUAUACUGGGAUGCGCUACCCUUCCCAUGUCUGAAACAUCUUCAUCUACAUGGCUGUCGAGAAUUGAAGAAGCUUCCUCUCAACUCAGACAGUGCAAAAGGGAACCGGCUCAGCAUUGAGGGAAGCAAAGAUUGGUGGGCAGCGAUAGAAUGGGAAAAUGAAGCCAUUCGAAAUGCUUUUCUCCCUUCUUUCAAAUCUGUUUAUGCAUGAAAUGUAGAAAAUAGUAAAAAUUGUAAAAUGGUUCAUUGUGUAUUAAAGAAAAAGAAAAAGAAACUCUUUUACUUUAUACGUUGCUAAUUAUGGUUAAAUUCCAAGAAAAUCAAAUUAUUGGUAACACCCAAAA